AUGAAUUUUUGGAUGGGGAAGGUACAGAGUAAGAAUGUUCCGGCCUACGAUGGAGCAGUUUUUCUGUGCAACCACCUGACCAGGAAGGAGUGCUUCCACAGAAAGCUUUUUGGCCUUUCGUCUAAAUGUACUGAGUUUAUACAUAAAGUGAAAUCUGGCGCGACACUAUUCCUCUAUGAUGUUGAGCAGCAUAAGCUUCAUGGGGUGUUUGAAGCAACUUCAGAUGGAGCCAUGAAUAUCAUUCCUGAUGCAUAUGCCUCAUCAGGGUUUCAGUAUCCUUGUCAGAUACGCUUUAAGAGGAUUUGGUUUUGCAAGCCUUUGAUGGAAAGUGAAUUUGAAGAUGCUGUACAAGAUAAUUAUUACUUCGCAAGAAACAAGUUUAAUUAUGGUUUGACACAUCAACAGGUUGUAAAGCUCCUUCACUUGUUUUCUUCAAGGAACAGAUUACAGCCUCGUCAAAAUCCAAGGUUACAGGAUGUACCUCCAAGGGAGUCUGACAUUUCUUCUGUGGUUAACCAAACUGAUAACCAGUCUGGUUCAAAUAGCACUUCACAUGGUUCAUUGAAAAUCCCCUAUCAAACAUGUACCUCCUCCAGUGUUGGCGAACAUGCAGCAUCGCCGAGUCACAAGUUAUCUGAGCCUAUGUCAUUAAAGCACAGAGAGUUACAACUAGACAUCUCUGAUGUGGCUAAGUCCAACAGCUCAAGAUCUUCCUUGCACACUGCAGAAAAUACAGACGUUGUCACUGAACCUGGCACCCAAGAAGCAGUGGAUGACAGGUUUACUGAUGAUUAUAUACCACUACAGCUUGAGGAUGAUACUUCAGACGGUGUUGAUACUCUAUUCGAUUUGCUUGGAGAUGAGAGCCACUCUUCAGAAUCUAAAGACAGUAGUGACUCUGAAGAGAACACAGCUUUCCACCAACCAUGUGUCACGAAGAAAGAUGAUUGCCAUCAGCCCCUGGCAGAUUCAAAGCUCCGCGCUGACUGA